AUGGGGACCCCGGGGCCCGGACCCCAGCCGGAAAACCCCCGGGAGGCCGCGGCCCUCAGUUCUAGACCCAGCAGUUGGGUUCUCAUUUCCCAGGAGCCCCAGCGCCCAGCCCCCCAGCCCCCCGGCCCUUCCCGAUGCCCGGGUUCCCAGCCCGAACCUUCACUACUUUUAGGAAUCCCCGGCAGGACCCAGGUGGCUGAGCCCCAAACUCCCCCGGGGCUGUCGGAGAGCGGCUCUGGGGCCCCCAGCUCCUCUCCGGGCCGGGAGCCUGGGAAGGAGCCCAGCCGCUCGCUCCCCGGGGACUCCGUUUCCAAGGCCACGGCCCUCGGGCCCCCGAAGAACGCCAAGGUGCAGAGCCCUUGCAGGGGCCCCCACGGGGAGUUCUGGUGGCUGAGCCGGCAGCCCUCAGCUCAGACCCGGGAUGGCCUCGGGCCGCCCGCAGCCCCCAACCCCCUGAAGCCUCACCUCCCCCGAGGGCUGCGGUCUCUCUCACUACCUCCUCUGGGCCAGAGCGACACCGUGCGGGCCCUCCAGUUACUGCCCACGGGUGGGCGCCGGGAGCCUGGCUCCCCCGCCCAUCAGAGAGAGCCCCUGUCGGGGGGCCCUCGGACGGCCUGCUCCCGGGCCCCAAGCUCGGCGCCCCCCGGGCGCGGCCGGACCCUCCCCCAGGCCCUGGAUGCUCUGAGCUCACGGCCCACACAUCGCUUUGGAAUCCAGUUGCCUCAUUCUGAGCCCCCCCUCACUUAG